AUGGUCGACGAUUCCAGGCCUCCUUCUCCAGAUAAGCCAGAGAGCUCCCCACUGGCGGGUGUGUCUCUUCUGUCCCAACCGAACUCCGAAGCGCAAGGCCAGCUCACCGCAGCUGUAGACGAUCUGCUUAAUGAACUCCAAACCAAAUUCGAUAAGGUCUCUACGGAGAUGUUCGGGAAACUGGAUGAUAUGACCAAGCGUCUAGAUGAGCUAGAAGCAUCUCUAACUGCCUCUGUGGGGGCCGGCGCCCCGAGUCCGGCAAAAUAA